UUUUAAGAGUUUCAUGUUAAUGUUGUUUAAGCUUAAAUGUAAAAAUAUACCAUGGGCGUACGCUUAGCAUUACUUUGCCAUCCAAAUACUAAUUUUUAAUUUUUCUAAUGAUUUUUUUAACCUUUGAAAAGAGUGAAGAUUUGAGAUUGAGAUUUGCAGGAUGGCUGCUCAACAGGUGUAGCGUGCCCCGUUUAUCGGCCUAUUAGUGUUUUUUCUUUCUAUAAUAAGUAAUACUUAGCGAGAACAAGUCGUUUAUUAGAUUAACUAGUAAAUGAAUUAAGAGAUCAUUGUGGCAAUUGCUCUUUUUAAAACCUUUUCCACGAAAAUGUGGUGCAGUCCGACCUCCCGUAUUUAGACUUUCACCUGAAAGAACAGUAAAGUUUUGCAGGUGGAAAAGAUCUAGGUUGUGGAGUAUGCACUUAUAAAAUGGCUUCCUUUCUGCACACUCAAACAGUUACAUAAUAUGAAAUGUCAUUAUCGAGAACUUUGAGUAGAAUAACUGUAGUAAUUCUGACAGCCCUGCAGUUUUAUUUAUUUAUUUUUGGGUUCACUUAAUUUUCCUAACUUGCAAAUGAUCUAACCUGCUUGGAUGGGUCCUAGUUCAAUGCAGUGCUCCAUAAUGGAGAUAGCCUGAAGAGGAAAUCUGAAAGAACAUCUGUGAUCAACAAGUAGAAAAAAAGAUCAACUCUGGUCUAAAUGUUGUGACACCUUCAGCCCCAAGUCAGAGCCUUCUUUUCUGUUUUACUAAGUUGUCGCUGAUGCUGCUCCGCCAAGUGUAGCCUGAGACUAAAUGGAAUCUGCCUGCAUCGCAUAAUAGGUCUGUGGGAUUCAAGCUUUUUUUUUUUUUUUUUUUAAAUUUUUGUUUGUUUUGUUGUUGUUUUUUCAUCAAGACCUGAGUUCACAGAGCUCUCAGCAGCCGAGUGUGAGCUGCUGGCCGAGAGAGAUGGGCAGGCAGGGGGAUUGUAUGGCAUGUGGCCUACAAGUCGAAGCAACUGGAUUAUUCAUCUCUCCUGGAAUUAUAAUUAUUAAGCCUACUCACUGAUUAUCAGAGUGAAAGAAGCAUCACAUCUGUGAGAUAACAGUAGUAGCACCACCAAGCUGUAUAAGUUCUAGUAAGUUCUGCACUUUACAUUUGUAAAAUUACAAAGGCACUAAUAGUCAAAGGUGCAGGUUUAGCUUUAUGUCACUUGUACACAGUUACAAUGUGCAAAAAAAUAAAUAUAAAUAUAGGAUUGAUACUAUUGCUAACUUCUUUAUAGAGUAGAGAGUGGGUGAAAAAAAUGCUUGUUGGUUCACAAGAUAUAUUAAUCACUGCUCCUACUGUACCAGCUCUAAAUACUUCAUGCAUUAGGCCUCAAGAGAGCUGUUGCCAAAUGGCCAGAAUUUCAAACCCCGGUGACCUUCUUUUCAUAUUAACAUGAAUGCACAAAUAACUGUUUUGUAGUAAAAGUUUACUGUAAUGUAAUGAUUGUUUCAUGUACAUUGCAGAGCCAUAUGAGGUAGAGAUUGUACAAUUUUCUAAAAUGGUGACGCUUAGUUACAGCUAAUAGGUUGUGUUGAGAUUUUCUUUUUAACACACUUAUGAGAAGAAAUUUUAAACCAGUGAUUCCCAACCUGAGGAGCCCGAGGAGAUAAACAAACAAAAAAAACACAGUCAACAAAAUGACUGCAGCUAAACAUUUAUUCUCGAAUUCUUGUUAACUCUUGUCUUUUUGUUUUGUUUGUUUUUGUACUGAAUACUUUUACUGUAUUUAUUCUGACUGUGAAAACCCAACCCUUCAGUUUAAAUAAUGGCAGACAGAAACUUUAAACUGCUUUACAGUAUAAUGGGAUUUCAAGGGAUAACAAGUCAAAGGGGAUGUAGACAAGAUUUAGUAACACUCAGCCCACACGAGCCAUUUGGAUUUUUUAUGUAGAGUUUGACUUCUUAAAUGCAUGUUUUGCUAGUUUGGGUUUUUAUUAAUUUAAUAUUUGAAGGUCACCUUAAAUAAUUUCUCAUAGUGGCUUGUAACUGUUUCUCAGCAGCCUUUAUUUGAUAUUUUGAUUAUACAGUAGUGGUAAAAUACAUACAGUCAUGAAUUCCCUAAAUGAAAAAAAAUAAUCUGAGGACAUUGCUUUUUCCCUCAGCGUUUUGGGGUGUGUUUUCCAUAGACUGAACAGAGCUGGACCUGCUUAAUUAAGCCGAAGAAGAAAAGCUCACACUCAUCAAUAGAUUCUGGGUCUGAUGUUCAAAACUCUGAUUAUGUUUACAUGGUAUCAAGAUGAAAAACUGCAUCUUGCUUUUCACCACAAAGCCCUUUGAGGUGCUGAAUCUCAUCGUCCCAUCCAAAGAAGAGGGCAAGAGGGAUAUAUGGAUCUGGUGUCCUGUGGUAUGCAGAAUUCUGAGGGUUAAAGGUGCAGAGAGGUUCAGCAGCAGAGCAGUUAUCUCCUUUAAUGACCUCCUGCAUAAAAGUCAAUUACUUCUGCAUCAUGAUCAGAAAAGAACAGACCACAGGGGGCUGUUUGAGCUCCACUGCUUCUCAUUACAACCACUUCACUGGUGUUUAUUGGAUGAGUGGACUGACUUCAGGGACAGUUAAGGCUUGUCUAAUCUUCAUUUUUGCCACAUUUAUUAAGAUUUCUAAAAGCUGUAUAAAGCUGCAAAAAUAUAAACUUCACAGUAUUUGGCUGUAUUGUAAAAUAAUGACUGUUUUAUGUACUUUGCAGGACUGUUUACUAAGAUAAAUGAUUGUUAAAUAGCACAGUCUCUACUGUGCAGGUGGUGAUGAAAUAAAAAAGCUGUCAGUUGUUUCACAUAUGAAUUUACAAUCCCAUGCAUUCUUCCUUGUUAAGUUUAAAAUCCUGAGAAAGCUUGGGAGAUACCAGGUUCUCCUGAAGAAUCUUUUUUCUUGAGUGCACUAUUUCACUAUUACUCCAGUGAUUCUUAAUUUUCUAUCUUUUAACCUGGUCGAUCUAUCCCUAUCUCUAUCUCUAAAUUCUGUUCCUGUACAAAUCAGCUGCAUUCUGAAUUACAUUUUGAGGAAAGUUUAUUUUCUCCAGGAUUAUAUUUGUUUUUGAAGCUUUACUGCCAUUCCUUUUUAGUCAGCUAAUCAUAUUGGAUGGGUUUCAACUCAUCAUUCUGGUAACCCAGAAGAAAGAGGAGAAUCUCGUAAAAGACUUAUAUUUUAACCCAAGCUAUGAUAUUUUCUUAAAUCUACCAAAGUCAUUUUGGGGCCUAAUCAUUCCCAAACAGCAAGUAAAAAUCUAAGUAAAACUAUGUGGAAUGUGAAGUGGUCCAACACAAGAUGCAAACUUGAGUCUCUUGGGUGAAAGUCCUGUUGUGGACUUAUGCCUCCUUAUGUCUAUUUUGUGCCCCCUCUUACUUUGUUGUUAGGUGGCUUUCCUCUGCAGGAAUUUGGGGCAGGGGCAAGGUGACACAUAUCUUUACAGGAACUGCAGGUGCUUUAUUCUCCCCUCAAAACGGCCUUGAAUAAGGUCUCAGAGGGACAAUUCCUGCAGCUGUGACAGAGACUUCAGGCUGCCCUAACACGUCCUACAAGUUCUCGCAGUAAAGGCCUGCUGGAUUUAGUGAGGCAGCCAUGGGUAGCAAGACUUUGCCAGCACCAAUCCCUCUCCAUCCAUUCCUUCAGUUGGCCAACUGUUCCCUCAUCCAGGGCACCUCAAGUCUCCAGCUGCCAGCAGAUCAUUUUCACAGCAUCUACAGCUUCAGUGCAAUGCAUGCCAUCCACCUUCAUCAGUGGACCCUUGGCCUCCCUCCUUUGGCCCUGCCCCGCUGCACCAUCUCCAAGCUGCCUCCCCAGUUUUCUUCCAUGGCCUCCAUCCCCAUAUUCCCUUACCUUCUGCAGCCUAAGCAGGACUCUGCAGGGCUGCUGCAGAGCUCCAAGAACAAGCCCCGUUUUGACUUUGCCAACCUGGCAGCAGCAGCCACACAAGAGGAUCAUUUGAAGGUAGCAGAUCUGAGCAUGACAGGUGCUGCUGCUGAAGUACAGGCUUCAUCUCAACACCUACCCUCAGCCAGCCUAGGAUGCCUGCUAGACGUAACCAAAAUCUCUUCACCAGAGCGCAAAUCUAGCCGAGGCAGACUGCCCUCCAAGACCAAGAAAGAAUUUGUCUGCAAGUUCUGUGGCCGACAUUUUACCAAAUCCUAUAACCUUUUGAUCCAUGAGAGGACGCAUACAGACGAGAGGCCAUAUACAUGUGAUAUCUGCCACAAGGCCUUUAGAAGGCAGGACCACCUCAGGGACCACAGGUACAUCCAUUCCAAAGAAAAGCCCUUUAAAUGUCAAGAGUGUGGAAAGGGCUUCUGUCAGUCCAGGACUCUAGCUGUCCACAAAACAUUACACAUGCAGGUCAAGGAAGUGAAGCCAGCCAAGAUCAAGUGACUCACUCUGCUAUCGGAGAGGGGACCACUGAAAGAACAUGACCGAAGACAACAACAAUCAAAGAACUGCCAAAGCCAGAGCCCUCCAUUUUGGUGCAAACAUUCACAUUAAACAUUCCACAAACGGAAUGUUUAAGCAGCCAGUUCUUAAAUAAAUGAUACACAAAUUAGUGGAGACAUGUAUGCUUAGUCAUCAAAGCCUCCUUUUCAAUAAAUGUUAUAUUUGUUUUGUACAAAUGCAUUAUAUCAAAAUGUAUUUUUGCACUUUAACCUGAUUGAUGAUUAUUUACAUAUAUCACUGGAUUUUCUUGAACUUAUUUUCAAAAUGAAUAAUCAUUUCUAAAUAAAAUAUUUUACUGUAA